AUGGAUUCCUCUCCCUCACGGAGCUUUUUGGCUCCUGUCGCUGGCGUAAAGCGUCCAGCGUCGUUGUUGCCUGCCUUCGAACCCUUGAGCUCAUCCCCCUCUCUACCUCGACCACAGAAGCGUGUGGCACGCGAACCCGCCGUCUCGACCUACCCAACACCGGUUCCAACCUCUUCAACUCAUAUUAUGUCGUCGUCUCCUCCGCCUGCUCAUCCUUCGACGCGUCGUAUCUUCUCUGCCUCUUCUGAACGAGCUCCCUUGUCUGCCGUGCCUACACUUAUGCUGCCUGAAAAUGGGGAACCUGUUCUGAUGGGUCGAUCAAGUGCUUCAUGCCACCACCAGCUUGCUGCAAGUCGCACAAUUUCUCGUGUUCAUGUAAAGGCUACAUACAAGCCUGCACCUAAUCCUUUCGACCGGGAUAGAGUUGAGAUCAUGUGUAUGGGAUGGAAUGGGAUCAAACUUCACUGCCAGGGAAAGACGUAUGAUUUAGCCAAGGGCAAGACGUUUACAUCGGAUGUCAAGGACGCAGAUAUUAUGAUCGAUGUGCAUGAGGCUCGUGUCUUGGUGCAAUGGCCCCGUAAUGAGGUUGAUAGAAAGGACUGCCCGUCAACCGACUCGGAACAAACAUGUGAUGAAGGCACUCCAACUCAAAAGACUCACUCUCGUCGAAUCUUGCAGGAUAGUCCGUUUCCUCAGAGUAAACGAUUGGCUUCUCCUCUGUCCCCGUCGCCUGCAGUGCAACGGGCUCUUCCCCCAUCGUCCCCGAUUUUCACACCUUCCCGGUCUCGUGCCGUCGUGGUAUAUGAAGAUGAGGCCUCGCCAUUGAAGCGUCACAACACUGUCAUUGGUUUGGCUUCUCAGAGCGCUCGUCGGGCUAGUGCUAUUCUGCAGAGCGACCUGAGCAGACAUGAGGAGGACUCUGAUAAUGAUGAGGAAAAUGACCCCAUUGUCCACUCUUUUGGACCUUUUGGCGAAAAUUUACUUCCACGCCUGGCUUCUUUCCGUGCAGACGACUCGCCCAUUCGCACUGCACGAUCACCACGCGCCUUGCUGCCGGCUCAACCCCUCCAACCCACUCUUUCUCCAAGACAAUCCUCCCAGGCCCAGGAAAGCCACCAGUCUACCCCUACCAAGGAAAUGUCUCAGUCUGACAAUGAGGCAUAUGAGCGUGUUCGCAACCACGCUGUCAACCAAUUGGCUUUCUCUCGCCUGUCCUCUACUCCCUUCUCCACCAUUUUGAACAACCUGCCUCCUUCAUUUUGGCGAUCCAGCGCCAGUGCAUCUGGCCCCUCUCGUUCUGAGAUUCGAUACAUUUUGGAAACUACCAAAUGCAUUGGCAAGGUGGCCCGUGAAGGCAAGGACGCUGCGGGGAAGCCUCUUGAAAGCGAGUACUAUUAUGUGCCGGAUGAUGAUGAUGACGAUAUGCGUCGCGAGACUGUGGUUAACAACUUGAGGAAACCUGGUCUUCGCAACUGCCGUAAGCAGCACAAGCAAUACUUUUGGCGCAAGCCCAAAUAA